AUGCCUUCCUCGCUGCGCAAAUAUGUGCAACGGUCCCCCGCCGAUACGCAGUCGCGUACAGCUGUAGGAGGCACCGCCGCAGACCCCACGAUGCUGCCAGUGACAGUAAAAGAUGGCACCUCCUUCGCGGUUGCAUCGAAUCCCGCGCAGGCACCACUUACACAGGAGCGGGGUGGCAGCAGCGGCGCGGGGGCUGCUUCCGGUCCUUCUCCUUACCUACUCCCAUCCGGCAGCUACGGUCAUCCCAUGGGCAUCACCUCACCAUCCGUUGCCACUGUCAAGAACCCCUGUUUUGCUCCCUUCCUCCCGCCCGCCACUCCCCAGGCAAAUGUGGCCACUCAAUCAGCAGGUACUGCCCGAGGAGGCGGUGCGGGUGGCAGCGUCUCUGGCGCACCGGACAAUAUGGUAGUGCCAUCAAUGGGAAGUGGCCUUCGCAAAUCGAUCGCAUCCCCGUUUGGCGGCAGCCCGAACACACGUCUGCGCCAGCCCUUUGGGGUCGGGGCGGCUGCCCAAACCCUCCCCCUUUCACUUCAGCAGCAGCAGCAGCAGGGCCCUACCGGAACCCCGCCGCCACUGCAUCGAAGCUCCUUCGAUGGCACAAUCUCGUCCCCCACCCUUUCCUCAGCGGCCGCCGUGACAGGUGGAUCAGGAGACGGCGGUGGUGCUUCAUCUGCCGGCCUUCCUAGUACGCUCACAAGCGCCAUGUCCGUCUCGGGACUGUCGAACCACCUGCGCCUCAGCGAGGGGCUGAACUGCAUCGACUACCAUCCAAGCUUUCGCGCGCUGGCGAUUGGCAGCACCCGCCAGAUUCAUGUGGUAGAGGUGAUCGCAAUAGUGGGCCACGACGUGGCGGACGCGAUGCGACUGCGUCGACAGCGACAGCAACAGCAACAGCAACAGCCAAGCGCGAAUGCAGUCGGGUCACCAGACGGCGAGCGUCCUCAUGCCUCCCUCGGCUCCGCGGCUCCGCCCGACCUCCCUGUGUCGCCGCUGCCAGCGCCACGGUCUGCGCCGUUCCUGAUGCGCAACACCGGAGCCUUUGGCGGUCUCAACAAGGUGGAGAGCGUCGUGUGGUACCCCAGCACUGAGGAGGCCUCUCUGGCCUUCAUUCAGCCGGCGCGAACGGUGACCAUCUUCCUCGACGCCAUCCAGUUCAAAGCAGACGGCACGUACCUCCCGCAGCAGUGGACGCGCUCGCAGUACAAGGGCAAAACUCUCGCCUCCACCUUGGCUGCUGGCGGUGGCUCGACGGCGAUGGCAGUCGUGGCGAGCCUCGACUGCAUCUCGGGCGGGGUCACUCCGGCAGUCUCAACGACCAGCCUGAGCGGUGGCUCGGGGCUCUACACACCUGCUUCCGCAUCACUGGCCAGCCCACCUUCCUUCAGUGCCGUCUCCGUCUCGCACGGCAGCACGCCACACGAGAUCAGCCUUUCCACGCCGACCAGUGCUGGCCUCUCCACGACAGGGUUUCCGGCCCGAAACCUGCCCUACGUGCUGCGUAAUCCAAAGGGACCGCUGGCGAAGGAGCUAAUUGAACUGAACAUCGAUAUUACGUAUAUGCGAGUGGAGAAGAUCGUCUGGGAUCCGCACCACCCCUACACCAUCGCUCUCACCUCACCAGCAACACACUUUGAGAUGUGGCAAGUGCCAACCGACGGCUCCCGUGUCUACGCACCCCAACUGGUGCUACGACCGCCGGCACACAACACGCGCAGUGUCGUUCGCGACAUCGCCUUCUCACCGUCGAAUCCCUAUAUCAUAAUCGUGGUCACGGAGUGCGGUAACACCGGGCAAGUGCUUCUCUACGAUCGUCGUCAGGUGGAAGCAAAGCGGUCCUUCGACAUCAGCGGCCCAGGCCUGUCGGCCGCCUUCCACCCCCUCUUCUCUGACCUCCUCGCCGUGUGCUUCCGCCGCGAGAAGACAAAGUCUGACACACGCAUCGAAUUCCUGCAGGUGAUGUCCGACAGCGGGACUGCCGCUCCGACCAUCGCUGACAGCGCAACGGGUGAGGUCGGGUGGUUGUCAAAGGUUCCCCAGGCAGCAGCGCCAGCGGCACCAGCUGCCUCCUCAGGCCCCGAAAGAGGACCACUUACCGCCCCGUCGCCGGUACCACCUGCUGGUACCGUCACUGAAAGUCCUGACGCAAGCUUCAUCCCUAACAUGAUUCCUACCAGCACGUCUCCGUAUCUCGUCAAGCAGUCGCAUCUGCUCCCUAUCGACAACUACGCAUGUAUCAGCCGAAUGCAAUGGCGACCCUCAUCCAUGGGCAAACUCACGGAGCCGAAGCAACAUCAUUACCUGUCCUUCAGGCCCUCUGCCCAGGAACUCUUCGUGGCGCGCAACUCGCCCAACUUGACGAUCCCGUCCGCCUCUGGCCCCUUCACUUGGGUCGAUCUUCUACACUCACAGUUGUGGUUCGCCUCGGCGGCGAUGACGACUGACACGGACCUCUCCAUCUGGGACGCCACCAACGGCUUCUUUCCUGUGUGCGCUGUUAAGCACCUCUCUCCGCAAGGCGACGCGAAAAGCAGUGAGUCGAACGACUUUGUGUGGCUCAACGAGCUGACAUUGGUGACCAUCUUCAAGAGUGGCGAUGUAGUCUGCACCAGCCUUCUGAACAACCUCCUGGAAGACUCGUUCAUGACCAGCGCUGAACGGGUGCAGCUGCAGACAGCGACGCCGCAGCAACAGCAGCAGCUUCAGCGGCAACGUCAUCAGCUCGAUCUCAACGCGAGAGAUGAACUCGGCGAGCUGUAUACGAGGCGUAUUGUGGAGGUAGAGGCGUGUCUGACCAUGCUACCGGCGUAUGCGCGCGACCCGUACGCGGAUCUGUUCAGCACAUUUACCGUGCUGCCGACCACCUCCAUCGUGUCUGACCUCUUUGGUCGGUCCUACACCAUUCGCAACACAAAUGUGGCCCUGCAGCGAUACUACCAUCAGAUGAUCCGACGCGAGUGCGGCCAACUUGUUCGCCGUCUUGCCAUCCAGGCGUCGAAGGAAGCUGUGCUGCGCCAGCAGUGGACGAAGAGGCGGUACCAGCUCCCAGGCCCCGGUCCUUCCACUGGACCUGGCAAGGCGAGUGGCCUCGCAACCCUGCAGGAGCAGUGGUCACGCCGCCCACAUUCGCCCUUCAUGCAGUCUGGCGUCCCCCUCGCUCGAGCCACGUCGCCUCACGGCUCUGACUCGACACCGCCGAGCCCGCAGUCCAGAAUGCUGACGCGGCGACACCCAUCGGUCGCCUCUCCCUCGUUGGUAGGCGCGCGGCACGCGCCUGUAGUGCCGAACUUAGGGGAGAGCAUGAGCGCGGGGCGUGCUGGAUCUCGCGAGGCCGGCGGUGGCGGUGGCGGAGGCACCGUGGCCGACGCCCUCGGAUUUCCUCAACACCCACUAUCGAGCCUAGAUGACGUGAGCGAGGUAGAAAUGGUGCUCUCGCAGCACGCCCGAGAACCGAGGCGCCACGCCACCGAGGGAAAGAUCGCGGAUCAACUCAUGAAAGAUGCUGAGGUGAGCCGCCGCGUCACCUCUCCAUGCCCUGAGGUGGCGAAUGCGGAAGAAGAAGCGGCGGCGGUGAUUGACGACAAUGACCGUAGCAACUCUCGCACCUCCUCCGCAGCCGCGUGGAUCGGACGACUGUUGGGGUUUUCGUGGCGAGACCGAUUGAAUCACAACCGGUCCAACGAAUCCCGUGGGCAGUCCGUCCUCUGCCCCCCAGGCCUUUCACAGAUGGAAGAUGCAGCUGUCGUCACCAUCUCUGACGACGACGGCCCUGAGGCCUUGGCCAACGUCCUUGACGUGACUUCUAACCUGAGUGUUGUUCCAUCGUCGGACGACGUCGCCGCUGCCGCCUUGCCUCCGUCGCGCCUGCGCCAGCUGCCACCUUGUGCAGUCGGCUAUGGUGGUGCUACUAAUUGCUCAUCUGGUCUCGGUCUCGCCCCGUCCACCGCCACAUCGCCGAUCAGCGUCAUACACGUCGACAACAGCGAUAGCAGCUGUGGAAGUCCACACCAGCUUGCCCCGACAGCUACAGCCUUCCACAUACGUGCGUCAGCGGUACACUGCUUUCCUGCGUACCCUGGCGCCUCGGCGAGCACCACCGCUGCCGUGAAUUCCGCAUUUUCACCACCCCAGCAACGCGUCGGGGGCGGUCGUGGCGGACUCAGCCCCUCCUCACUCCCGCAGGCGAGCUCCUCUGCCGGUGCCCCUACCUCGGUGCUCGGUGACCUUGACAUUAUCGGAGGCAGCAGCGACGUUGUAUUCAUGCAACUCUUUCCGCUGCUAAAUGAGUGUGUGCAAGUGCACAGCGGCAGCUGCAAGGCUCGCUGGCCGUGCGAUGGCAGUGAAGGUUGGCGACUGUCGCCCUUCUCUUCUAGUAUCCCUAAGAGGUCAACACUGUUAGCUAGCGCCGCGUCUCCCUCAACGGCACCUUCCAGCCUCGACGACUCACCCACGUCACCACUUCUGUUGCCGCUUCCCGUGCCGGACUCACUUGGAAGUCGCGCGGCUGGCGGCGCCGUCGCACCCAAGCGCUUGGCGAACGCAACCUCCCUGCUCAUGUCAGCGCAUGCCUAUCUAGAGUCGCAGAGAGUUGUGACCGCGGCAGUGGAGAGCUUCGUGCUGAGUGAUGCAGUGUGUGGAUGGUCAUACUCGGAGAUGCAAGCAGAGCAGCUGGCCUUCGUGCGCUUUGCACUCGAGUGGGACAUGGGCUACGAGCUGGCGCUGGCCAUGAAGGCUUUGCGACACAAGCGAUCGGAUGCCAAAGCGGUGGCAGAUGCGUUAGCAACGGCGCCGCACAGAAAGGACUCUAUGACUACAGCGCAUGCUUGUGGCCCUGCCCGCUCGCAGGUUUCCUCGCGUGAACCAGAAGAACCCAACGACAGCAUCUGGAACGCUCCUCCACGCUCCUGGAGAUCGCAGCAGACGAUGGCCAGAGAGCCGCACCGUCCACAGCCUGGUGGCACCUCCACUGGUGUCGCAGCUGGCCGAGAGCGGCGUCACCAGGGGAAAGGCGGCACAUGCGGCACCCCUCACAGACGUCUUGGUGCGUUGACUGCUGAUCCGACUCGCAUGGUUGACUGGGGAAACGGGGUACCGGUGCCGAGUCACGAGGAUGUCGAUGACAAGGUCGCGGCCAUGAUGGAGAAGAAUGCGCGCAUCUGCGAGCGAAUGCUGCGUCAGCGUCGGGAGACCGGUGGUGCCACCUCUGCGGACAGCGGAGCUCACGCCGAUGGGCGUCGGCCGCAGGGUGGAGGCAACAGUGGGGUUAGGGUCUCUGGCAGUGUCGUGCAAUCCUCUGACGACGCGGCAACGACACGAAACGGCGUAGAAGGUGGUGAGGUGAGUCACCAGGCCACCGCACUCUCUGCAGAGUUGUCCAACGCAGUCGCCUGCGAUCCACGCGCGCAGUGGUGGCGCGCGGCAGCUCAUGCGUGGCGCUCGCACCACGUCUCCUUCAUCAUAUCCAUCACAACACAGCAGCUGGAAUACGCGGCGCUCAUGGGCGACGUGCAGUACAGCCUUGUGCUUUACAUCCUCUUUUGUCUUUGGUGGCGCCUGCACAGCGAGGUCGCGGAGGCGACGUAUGCCAUGGCCCUUGAAGCCCGCGCCAGUGUACACCACGUUGGCAGUGGUGUGAACCGUGACGGUAGCACUGGGGAACGAGACAGACACCGUGGCGUAUCAUCGCAGGAGUGCAGCCCUCACAGCCACGCAGGGUCUAGUCACCGCCUGCACGUUGUUGCGCCCUCUCAAGGGAUGGCAGUAAAAGCAGAGAAAGGCGACGGCAGAGGUGAUGUUGGCGCCUCAAGGAUCGCCGUCGAUACCCCUCUCUCUACAACGGCCCCACCGCUACGAACUGCAUCGACGGACGACGACGACCGCGACGAUGGCGCGGGGAGGGCUCGAAUCGGCUUCCGGUUGAGUAGCGACGCCACAGCAAGUGAAGAAGACGGAUACGCCACAGACAGCAAGAUGCCGUCGCUGGAGAAGGUGAAUGAGCUCCGUCAACUCUGCCUCUUUUUCCUUCAAUGCCCGCUGAUGCCGCUCUCCCCUGACCUGACCCCACAUCAUCUCCAUCAACAGCCUCAUCCAAAUCUGCGCCAAUCCCCCAGCACAGGUGCCCUUUUCUCUGGGACCGGAGGCGGCGCUGAGCCGGGAGACCGCGCCCGCAAUGUCAGCUCACUUCUGGCUCGACCUCCCUCCACAGCGAUACUGGCAGACGGCAGUGGCGGACAAGGGUUGAUAGACGGAUUGGAUAUGGCUGGCAGCCUUGCCAGCGGCGGGUUUUUGCGCACCUCAGACUCGACGCACAGUCUUCCCCCGCGUAGCGAGAACAACAGCUCAUCGCGCCCAAAUGACACACCAACGACGCUUGUCAUGAUCGGCAAUAGUGCUGCGACCGCCAGCUACCGAGGACACGUCACGUCUUCCAUGCUGCAGGCACCGCAGUGGCCUGACAUCAACUCAAGUGAAAACUGCGCUGGCGUCGGCGAUGGGACAACCACAAGCGGUACAAUGCUGGGGGCGUGCAAUGCGUACGUGGACUUGGAGGGACUGCGCGGUGUGCGACUGUACUCUCGCAAGGCUUCGGAUUUGUGCACCACACCGUACUACUGCGCACCAGAGGAGUGGAAGAUACGCGCACUUCAGUGGCUGGAGACCUACACCGCAGACUUGUACGCACGCCAGCUAUACGUCCCACUCAACGAGCUCCUCCUCGUGAUGCCGGAGAUCUUUCGUGAGCCGACGAACCCGGUGCUGCCGCGCGCUGCCGACAUCGCGUACGAGAAGCAGAUGACAUACGUGUACUGCGGCACCUGCUCCAAGACGGAGCUGUGGAGCCGAACCCAGCAGGACACCAUCCCUGCCGCGGUGCGGUUGUACGAUCUGAUCGUGCGCCGUGGCCACCACAGCAGCAGCAGCAGCAGCAAAGGGGACGAAAGCGACAGCGACGGGGGCGUCAACGGCGCCACGAAUGCGAGGGGUGCCGGCGCGCGACGCUCAUGGCGCAAGAGUCGCGGCGAACACGAAGACGCUACGGCCGCGAUUCGAUGUGGAUCAGAAGAGUACUACUACAGAGACGGUGACGACUCGUCGUCUGUCGAAACAACGCCGUCGGUGGAGUCACCAACGUCCUCGAGCCUCUCAGGAGCUGCGGACUGUGAUGGCUCUGGGGCGAGGUUGGCUGAUGGGACGCUGACAUCGCCCGCCGGCUCAGACAUCAGUUUGUCCUCGGACCACAUCACCAAUGAGCCUGCAGGAUCGGACACGAAUGCACUCCAUGAAAUGGCUCCUCUCGAGAAGGCACUCCUUAGCCGAGAGUUAAAGCUGAACGGUAGUAACGGUGGUGCCAGUGGAACUGGAAGGUCUCACCCGAGUACGGCAGCAGGUCCGGCGGCGGCGUUGUUGGUGCCAAGCUCCCAGUGUGUCGCUGCCUCUGCCUCUCGUCCGCUGCUGUGUGGGCCGCACAACCGACGCGUCACGCGUUUCCGCUUCCAUCACGAUCGUCGCAGCCUCGACGACGCCGCCAACAGUUCUCCAGACGCUGAGCGCGAGGAGGAAAACGCCGAUGAUGGGGAAGAGUCACACCUCGCAGGUGCUGCCUUAGACCUUGUCCAUCGUCCUGACAGGCGCACCGCCGUUGGCUGCGGCAAGUGCGACGGGAACCCUACAGCAAACAAUGCGGCGUGUCGGAGCUGCCACGAUCGUGGCGCUAUGACGUGCGUGAUCUGCGAAGAAAUUGUGGAGGGCAUGUUCUUCUGGCUUCGGUCCUGUGGACAUGGCGGUCACGUACACCACAUCGAAGAGUGGUUGCGGUACUCGCAAGAGUGCCCCAAGUGCGGUGUCUCCAUCACCGAGACAUGGAAAGGGAAAUGA